UGUCCAAUUUUUUUUUUUUUUUCCACUUUUCAUCCAAACGGGGGUUGCAUCACAGUGGGCCAUGCUGGGCUGUGCAGCCGCUGCUGGUGGCAACGCUUCCUCUGUUCGCUUUCUGCAGCUCCUUGCCUUGGAAAAUUCCAGCGUUUAACACAGGGAUUAUAUGUCACCACUGCUGAAAUCAUAGACAGAGUCCACUUAAUUUGCUGCGAGCAUGAGAUGGCCAGAGAGAAGGGGAGCUGCCUUGCAUUCCCCGGUAUAAAGACAGGAUUGAAAAAGAGCUCUGGAACUUUCUCCAGAACUAACUGGACACAAGAAAACAAAUAUGAAAAAAAGAUGCUUCCAUUGUUCUCAUGGCGCAGGAAAUUUCAAGAUCUGGUUGGUGUGAAACAGCACCUGUGGCUGAAAGUCAGCAGGAGGGAAAGAUGUCUACUGCAUCCAAUCUGACACAGAUCCUGGAAGACAUCUUCCAAAAGAUUUUUAUUACUUAUAUGGAGAACUUGCAAAGGAACACGACAGCUGAGCAAGAGGCCCUGCAAGCCAAAGUGGAUGCUGAGAAUUUUAACUACGUCAUCCUGUACCUGAUGGUGAUGAUUGGCAUGUUCUCCUUCAUCAUCGUGGCCAUCCUGGUGAGCACGGUGAAAUCCAAGCGGCGAGAACAUUCCAAUGACCCCUACCACCAGUACAUCGUGGAUGACUGGCAUCAGAAGUAUAAGAGCCAAAUCUUGAAUCUGGAAGACUCAAGGGCCACCGUGCAUGAGAACACUGGGGCGGCAGGGUUCAAAAUGUCUCCUUGAUAAAUGGUGUUGCAGAGCCCCAACAGCCGACAUCCAGAGAGGGAGGGAGCAAAUCCAGAUU